GUUCUCCGGGCGGAGACAGGGCGAGGUGCGUAGGUCGCCACGUCGGCAGGCGCCGAAGGAGCAGCUUCCACAGCAACGCGAGGGGAGCCCGAGUUCGCUCCGCGGUGGGGGAAGAAGCUGCUGUUGCUGCCGCCGCCGGCGACGGAGAGGAGAAGGGCGAGCUGAGGAUCCCUCGGCCUGGUGAAGCCGCGAACGGGCAGGACGAAGCGGCGGAGGUUUUCAUAUAGGAAUCCACAGUAGGACUUUGGAAUACAGAAACAGUUGCCCCCGAAACAUGGCCUGCCGCAAGGGUUGCAAAUGUGCACUUCUCUCAGUUGUUGGAUAAUAUCCCAUCAGUAUAGGAAACUGCAAAGGCAGAAGAGUAAAGCUGUGUGGGAAGUCCAGGGAGGAAGGCAACGGCAGGGAAUGUUCAUAAAGGUGCAAGUCCAUUCCAAACUUUGACAUAGAAUUAAUCUUAUGCAUUUUCAUGUAGAAUGUGAUCUUUUAUUCAACUGAAUAUUUGCAGGGAGGCAAUUUGCAGUGUAGUGAUAAUAAAUCAAUCCUGAUUUCUUAAUUUAUUUCAGAAUACUCUACUAAUUAACCUGGUCAAAAUAGUUUGUUAUGCAUGUUGUUGUGUUCACCUUACCUGUAAAUAUGAAGAAAAGUACCCUACUGCAAACAUUUAAGAUGAUGAAAAAUCUCUCAUAAAACAAUAAUCUGGCCAGUUUGCUCACUUGUUUUACAUGGAUGGGGAAAGGAACUGAGGAUGGCUUGCCUCAGGUUGCAUCUGGUGCAGGGAUGAGGCUCUCCAGAUGUUGCUGGACUACAACUCCCAACUCCCAUCAUUGGCUACACCAGCUGGGCUCACAGGAGAGUGGAUUCUAACAUCUGGAUGGCUGCAGAUCCCCCAUCCCAGACCUCUUGUCAUGGCAGAGGCAAGAUUUGAACCAGGAACUCUCUGGCUCACAGCUUGGACUCUUAGCCUGUACUACAAACUGAGGACCUAUUUAUGCCUUUUUAAUAUUGAUAUUGGUGGAAUUGUUUUCAGUAAAAUAACUGAGAGACAGAUUUUGUAUACGAUACCACUUCAUGUCAGAAAUGCCAUUAAAUCUGCAUUUAUACUAUCACACAUGAUGUAUGGACACACAUCUACAAACAGUGAAAGUCCCAGUAGAUGGCAGACUUCCCUGACAAAAUGGGCAUAUGCACAUUUGUUGCAUAUGGUGAUGUAUAGAUAGGCAACAUGCAGCUUUCCACACAGGAAGGGCCAUGAAGGACACAUGUGCAGCAGUUCCAAAAUGCUUUUAUUUUAAGCUUUUGGUGCAACCUUCCACCUUAUGCCUAUACACUGAUAGAAACGUCAGAAGCCUUGACUCUUUUAGUAUAUGGUUCAUUUGGCACCCCAGAAUAAGUAUGAAUCUACAAAAUUUGUGUGUGUGUGUGUGUGUGUGUGUUGUUGUUUUUUUUUUACAAUUUAGCAUCUGUCAUUUCAGUUGAAAUCUGAAGUUGCAUAGUACCAGCAAGGACACACAUAUUUAUGUAAAUCGUCCAUUAAAAUGCUUGUCUUCCUCCUUUGGGUGGUUCUCAAAGAUGUGGAUACUUGUUUGUUAAAUGUAUACGAUUUAAAGAUUAGCCAGUGAAGUGUUGCCUCACUUGAAAAAGCACUGCCCAGUUUCCAGAAUGUCUUGGACAUUUUUUUUAUAAGGACACACCAACCUUUCUUUUACUUCUGGAAAUUUCUUAUAUUAUUAAUCUCACUGGAUAUGUGCUGUUUUUGUUUCUGUUGAUUUGACCAGUGUUUAUAAGACUGCUGUUUAAUAAUAAGGGGGGAAAGGAGAGAACUUGUGCUUGUCAUCGUGAACCUACACAGCAAGGCGUUAAAUAGGUAUGUACAUUAUAUGUGGUGUAAUAUAUUUAUAUUUAAUACUACUUGUUUAAUUCUAGUGCUGCAUAAUGCUUCUUAAAUAAGCAUAGUGUACUUGACACUUAUCUACAUGUUAGCUGCUUAAUUUUGGUAAUUUAAUUAUUUUUGUCCUGCAUUGCUUUUAAAAGCCCAAAACGGAAUGUUCAGUUCUGAUUAAAUGAAAAAAAAAUGUCAUUGACUUUUGGAAGUGAAUUACAGAUACGAUAAUAAUACUGCCACUAAUAAUAAUAAACCCUGUUAUUCAGCACUGCAUAUGUACACUUCUAAAAUGUAUGCUACUUCCAAAAUAGCAACUUCCAAAGAAGCUUUUUAAUACUACUGUAUUCUAAAGACAGGAAGUAGAGAUUAAUGCUAUAUCCAAUUAAAACUGUAGGAGAUAUGUGGCUGGAAUCUGGCCAAUACAGUAGUGUUAAUACCACAUCUCUUGGCAAAACUGUAUCUGAUCUCAUUGACCCUAAUUAAGGUCUGGGAAAUUAAUAAGGUAACAUGUCCUGCAUGGCAUUAUUGAACUAACUCUGUUAGAUGGUGUUACUUGGCUGCCUUCCUUUUAAAUGCUUCUGACUGGUAACCUUGUAUGGUAUGAGGGGGAGGCGUCUGACACCUUUAUUUUAAACUUACUUAAUUGGAAUUAGGACCUACUGACUUCCACAGAACUUGUCUUAGCAGAUAUAUUUAGCACCAUGGUAUAGUUCUGAUCUCUCUCUCUCUCUCUCUCUCUCUCUCUCUCUCUCUCUCUCACACACACACACACACACACACACACUUAACUAUAUGUUUCACAUUAAAAUAACAAGCAGCCAUUUAAAAACUAGAUAACUUAAAAUGUGUCCCUUUCAAUUAAUUAAAGCCAACAAAAUUGUAAAUAAAACCUUUAAUGAUAUUUAUUUGUUAAAAUUGCCAAUAAAAAUCAAAGCUAAAAAAAAAUCAAAAUAUGACCAAAAACCCUCAGUUAAAAAUACAUGUCUGGGUAGGCUUAAAAUACAUGUCUGGGUAGGCUCACCUAACAAAAAGGUUUUUAGCAGGUUCUGAAAGGAAUACAGUACCUGCCUAAUGUCAGUGGGAAGGAAAUUUCAGAGUGUGGGAGCUGCCAUGCCAAAAUAUUUUUUCCUUACAAGUGCAGAAUGUAUAUUAUUCCACAGAUCAGAGUGGUUGAGUGGGCAUGUAUGGGGUAAGGUCAUCCUUUGAGUAAACUGCUACUAAGCUGUUAACACCUUGAACUUGGUCCAGUAACAAAUCUGCCUCUUGCGCAGACAUCUGAGCAGGCAUGUUAUAUAUUCACAGGAUCUCACUUCCACCAGCAGUUGAUAAAUAUUUGCACUUGAGGAUGAGCUUGUCCUGGUGAUUUUAAUAUUAAUAGCCCAUCAAAGUCCAAAAGUCAGUUCAUUCAUUAGUUCAGCAUUUUUUAAAGGGCUGCAAGCUACGAACAUGAGUUUGACCAAACUGCGGGAGGCAGUGCAAGACAGGAGUGCCUGGCGUGCUAUGGUCCGUGGGGUCACAAAGAGUCGGACACGACUAAACGACUAAACAACAACAAAGGGCUGCAAUGUAAUCUACUACAGUGGCAUGCCACUAAAUCAACUCCUUUUGUUUUUGCAUUUUCUAAUUGUUCAAUAUCCAUGCAACCUCAACUCUUCACUAUUUAUUGAAAAACUAUAUAAAUGGUUGGAAUUAAGAACUGUGAGAUUCUGCUAGCGUCCAGGAGCCCAUAACUUUUGCUGGGCCUGGUAACAUUCAUUGUAUUUGAUUGCCAGCAAGACUGCCUUCUGUGUCCCUUUUGCACCCACUGCCUUCUGAGUGGGCUUUACAGGGGAAGAGUAGCAGGAGCUGUGUGUAUAGGAAACCCUUACCCUCAAACCCAUAACCCUGAAGAUAAUGUUCAAGCACAGGGCAGCCCAUUACCUAUUUGGAAAACAUGCACUUUGCCUCCAGUGGCUGCCAAUGUGUUUUGUUCUGGGGUGUUGUUGUUUUAAAAGCUUGUCAUUGUGAGGGUGGAGUUUACCAGAUGUUUUCAAUUGUUGACUGUUCAAAUAAAAUUUAUUGUUGCCCCAAUAACCAUAUUUGAGUAUCCCUGCCAAUGUGGCUACCCCCUGGAUUUUCUUGGCUGAAGAGAAACCUGUUCUCAGCCUAAUUCUUACAUCAUUUUUGUUAAGUCAUAGGGAAACAUACAUUUAUUAUUUAUUUAUUUAAAAACAUAUCUAAACCGUUUAAAAUUUUAAAUCUUCAAGUGAACAAAAAUACAGCCAAAAAACCCAGUAAAAUAGUAUCAUAAAUGCAAGACUCUCGUUAGGGCCCAAUAUUAUUGGUCAGGGAAAGACUAAGCAAAAAGAUUUUAUCAAUACAAGAUGCCUGAAGCAACUGAUGGAAGAUGUUUCAUGUAUGGUAGAACCUUUCUCCAUGAACUAAAAAAAUCAGCUUGCUGAACAGGAGAUCUUGAAUAGGGUGCCAAUAUCUGGGUUUGAGAUAGACUUGUCUGAAUGAAUAUUGCCUAAUCUGUAGUAAGGCAGUCUGACUCUUCAAUUUGUGGAGUAUAAUUUGUGCAGUAUUAUUUGUCACAGUAAAGUACUGUUGCUAGAAAGUGUGACAAAGUUGCCUGUUCCUCAAGUACGGAGCUAUUCUUGCAGUUUUGUGCUCUUUGAAUGGCUGCCCGUGGUAGCUUUUUUUAUACUGAUUCAGUAGUUACCUUAUACUGUAUUCUACCAGGCCUCGCAAAAUCAGCACAGAAAGCCAAAGAUCUGCUAACAUGGAUUACUUUUACAAAGUCUGAAAAUAAGGCAAUAAUGAACCAAACAGACAAAAAUGAACAAGAUGUUCCUGCAUAUCUUAAUGAGGAGCCACCAGAAGAUUCAUUAAAAGAUCAUCCACAGCAGCAGCCCGGCAUGCUUUCUCGUGUGACUGGUGGCCUCUUCAGCAUAACAAAGGGAGCUGUUGGUGCCACAAUUGGUGGUGUAGCAUGGAUAGGAGGGAAAAGCCUAGAAAUGACCAAAACAGCAGUAACAGCCGUGCCUUCUAUGGGAGUAGGAUUGGUAAAAGGAAGUGUUUCUGCUGUGACAGGUGGUGUUACAGCUGUAGGAUCUGCUAUCUCAAGCAAAGUGCCUUUAACAGGGAAGAAGAAGGAUAAGUCUGACUAAAAGAGAAACUGAGGCCAAGGAAGUUGCUUCUGUGGUUGUAGAAUCUGCAGAAAUGGACUGCUACAAAGCCACAGGUCUUAAGACUCCUCUAAAGAGCUGUGUGAAUGACUUUCACCUGAAAGGCACAAGAGCAGCGUGAUACCCCAGUGUCUGGAAUUUCAUUUAAAACGAGUUUUCUUCAAGCACUCAUCUGUCAAAGGUUACACUUGAUGAACAUGGAAUCAAGUACAUGGAUCUGAAGGGGUAGCUCACAUAUGAAUAUUAAUUCACUGUAGAUCUUUUUUGCAGUCUUGAACUAAAAAUGUGAAAAUAAGAGUGGGAGGGAAUGACCUAGCAAAAGGUAAAGCACUUUGAAGUCCUGUUGGUCUCAAUGGGAGGGGCUACAGCCUGUGCUUACCUGCCCCUUUAGUAUCAGUUGAACAUUAAAGUGCUUUAAAUAUUGGCUAGAUCAUGUCCUUAGUUGGUAACUUCUACAGUACCAUAAAUAUAUUGAUGUUCUAGCUGCAAGCCUAUGGCGUCUGUAUUAUUUUUUUUAAUGAAGAAUCAUUGAACUGCUUAAAGGGUCUUCAUAUAUCUUUGCUUUUUGAAACUAUUUUUAUACACUCUAUAAACUCUGAAUGGUGACUGCA